AUGCACCCGGUGUGGGCCGCUCUGCUGCUCUUAGCCAUGUGUGCAGGGCGCAUAUCCAGCAAUCCAUUCACCUUGAGACUGGCUGCUGUUCUGGAUGACCCGAUGGAGUGCAGUCGUGGUGAGCGCCUGGCUAUCACCCUGGCCAAAGAGGGCAUCAACCGUGUUAGUAACCUCUCUGUGAUGGGCAAAGUGGAGGUGGACAUUUUUGAACUCCUGAGGGACAGCGAGUACGAGACAGGGGACACCAUGUGCCAGAUUAUCUCUAAGGGAGUUUUGGCGGUCCUGGGACCCUCUGCUAGCCCAGCUUCCGACACCAUCAUCAGUAAUAUCUGUGGAGAGAAAGAGGUGCCUUAUGUGAGGGUGGCCCCCGAGGACCUCCUGAGGGCCCGCUUCCCGCGCUUCUCGCCCCUGGACCUGCGGCCCACCAAUGCACAUGUCAGCCUAGCCGUGGUGGACUUGCUCUCCUUCUUCAACAGCACCAGUGCCUGUCUGCUCUGCGCCAGGGCUGACUGUUUGAUGAACCUGGAGCAGUUACUGCGUCAGUUCCUAAUCUCUAAGGAGACGCUGACUGUUCGUGUGCUGGAUGACAGUCAGGACCCCAUGCCUGUUCUAAAAGAGAUCCGCAACGACCAGACUGACACCAUCAUAGUGGACGCCAACGCCACUGUGUCCCACCUCAUCCUGGAACGGGCGUCAGAGUUGGGGAUGCUGUCCGUCUACUACACCUACAUCUUCACCACAAUGGAGUUCUCUCUGCUGCAGUUGGAUGACAUCCCGGUGGAGCGCUGGGUCAACAUCCUUGGCUUCUCUGUCCUCAACCACAGCCAUCCUUACUUCCCUGACCUCCUCCUCAGCCUCAACCGCUCCUGGCAGGAAAACUGUGACCAUGCCCCUUUCACUGGGGUCCCGCUCUCCCCAGCCCUGCUGUAUGAUGCCAUGCAUGUGGUGGUGUCUGCUGUGAGGGAGCUCAACCACAGCCAGAGCGUGGGCGCCACACAGCUAACCUGCCAAUCACCCAAAAUCUGGGCGCACGGCACCAGCCUGAUGAACUACCUACGGAUGGUAGAAUUGGAAGGUCUAACCGGACACAUAGAGUUCAACAGCAAAGGCCACCGCUUCAACUACGCCCUGAGGGUCGUGCAGAGCAGCUCAGAGGGGCUAAGGCAGGUUGGUGUGUGGCAUUCGGAGCACGGUCUGUCCAUGGAGAGUGACAUCAACCUCCUCAUCAUGGCCGGCACCAUCUUCAACACCACCCUCACCAUCACCACCAUCUUGGAGAACCCCUACGUGAUGCUGAGGCCCGAACACCAGGCCCUGGAGGGCAACGAGCGCUACGAAGGAUUUUGUGUAGACAUGCUGCGAGAGCUGGCCGAGCUGCUGCACUUCAGCUACCAUCUACGACUGGUGGCGGACGGCGUGUACGGCGUGCCCAGUGCCAACGGCACCUGGACGGGCAUGGUGGGCGAGCUCAUCUCAAGGAAAGCUGACCUGGCUGUAGCGGGGCUCACCAUCACCUCAGAGAGAGAGAAGGUCAUUGACUUCUCCAAACCCUUCAUGACCCUGGGCAUCAGCAUCAUGUACACAGCACACAUGACACUUCGACCAGGCUACUGGUCCUUCCUAGACCCCUUCUCUCCAGGCGUAUGGCUCUUCAUGCUGCUGGCCUACCUGAUCGUCAGCUGUGUGCUCUUCCUGGUGGCCAGGCUAACGCCGUAUGAGUGGUGUAGUACUGAGCCAUGCUUGCGGGGGCGCUGUAAACUGGUGCUGAACCAGUACACUCUGGGAAACAGUCUGUGGUUCCCUGUAGGGGGGUUCAUGCAGCAAGGCUCAGCCAUCACCCCCCAUGCCCUGUCCACACGCUGCCUCAGCGCUGUCUGGUGGUUCUUCACCCUGAUCAUAGUGUCCUCCUACACAGCCAACCUGGCUGCCUUCCUCACCGUUCACAGGAUGGAGGUGCCCAUCGAGUCAGUGGAUGACCUGGCAGACCAGACCACCAUAGAGUACGGCACCAUGCAGGGAGGGUCCACCAUGACCUUCUUCCAGAACUCUCAGUACCAGACCUACCAGCGCAUGUGGAACUUCAUGCAUGCCAAGCAAACCAGUGUGUUUGUGAAGAGCACGGAGGAAGGCAUCGACCGGGUGCUCAACUCCAACUACGCCUACCUGUUGGAGAGCACCAUGAACGAGUACUACCGUCAGCGCAACUGUAACCUCACCCAGAUAGGAGGCCUGCUGGACACCAAGGGCUAUGGCAUCGGCAUGCCACUGGGCUCAGUGUACCGGGACGAGAUCGACCUGGCCGUACUCAAACUCCAAGAGGACAACAGGCUGGAGAUCCUUAAGAGGAAGUGGUGGCGGGGAGACAAGUGUUCCAAAGAGGUUGACCAUCAAACACAGGGGCUGGGCAUGGAGAAUAUAGGUGGGGUCUUUGUUGUCCUGUUGUCUGGUCUACUGCUGGCUGUGUUCAUGGCGGGGCUGGAGUUUGUCUGGGUGCAGCAACACUCUCCGAGGUCAGAGUUGUCCAUGUGUACAGAGAUGCUGAGGGCUCUCCAUGGGAUCCUGCUGUGCGAGGACAGUAUGGCACUGCAUGGUUUACCAGGCCCAGGGAUAUUACUACAAACACACACUUCACUCCCAGAGGAGCAUGGCGGGACCAAGACAGCCACUUGCACCCUCAGUAACGGCAUGGUGUGCGGGAUGGACAACAGUAGCAGCGGUCCUAUGGAGUCACGGUCUCAUAGACUGGCACAGGAAGCCAUUUUGGGUCCACGGGGCUGCACUCACGUCCGCAUCUGCCCAGAGUGCAGGGGAUAUAAAGGACUGCGGGUGCAAACACUGCCACCCAGAAAACACUCACCAGACCUCAGAGAGGAGAAUGUUUAGUGCAGGGUUCCCCAACUGCCGAUUUUAUUUGGCCCUCCCAAGUUUGAGCAAAACUAAAUAUUAUUUAUUGUUGGACAUAAGACUGAAAACACAGUAUUCCCACGCGCAGAGAUAUGUGAUCAUAUACACAUGUGAAAUAUUUGUUUGGGCUUAUGUUCCGGCCCCCUGACCAUUGCUCAACAUAAAAUGUAGUUGAUGAUCCCUGGUUUAGGGGGGCGGUGGUACUGACCAUUGAGGUGAAUGUUUGAACUAGAGACAGCGUCCAUUGUAAUGUUCACACAUGCCGUUUUAUAGAGAGCCAAUUACACUUGCGCACUUACGGCAUCAUCACAUCAUCCAGAAAUAUUAUAGACAGUGGAUGAAUAUAAAAUGUAUCUUUGGCUGUGAGUGACUAAAAAAAAUUACUUGAAUAAUUUAAUGGAUGUUUUUUGUACAAUGGUGAUGACAAGUUUAUUUGCAAUUUUCAUAUUUGACUUCUACGCGGCCAUCUUUUUGAACUUGACUUCAGCUAAAAUGCAAUACCGAGAGUGUCCUGGGUUCAGUGGAAAGCGUGCUUCCAGACUGGGGUCUUAGCACUGACCCUAGGCCACUUGUCAGUCUUUGCACUUUAUUUCAUUAAUGUUCAGACCGGUUAAUAACCCCUGAACCCAAAGAUUGAGGAUGGCGAACGCCAU